CUCAUAAAGGGGAUCGACCUGGCCUAGUGCUUUGGUAUCGUUGGUGAUUCCUCUAUAUAUUUCCGCCAUCUGCCUCUGCCUCUCCUCAAGCUACCAUUUCUCAGAAACCAAAAAUUCCUCGCACACAAAUUUUUUUUUUAAAAAUCCUAUUGUUUUAUUUGCCACUACCCAUCUCUACAAUGACAACUAGCAAAAGUUCACUCUGUGGACUAGCCCCACUUGAAGCAAUACUAUUCGACGUUGAUGGAACUCUAUGUGAUUCAGAUCCGCUUCACCACCUUGCCUUCAGCGAAAUGCUUCAAGAGAUAGGUUUCAACGGAGGAGUUCCCAUUGAUGAGGAGUUCUACAUUAAGACUAUUUCUGGAAAACAUGAGGCUGAUAUUGCCAGGGCUCUCUUCCCUGAUGACCACGAACGGGGUAUAAAGUUCGUAGAGGACCAAGAAGCCGUGUUUCGUCGACUCGCUGCAGAACAAUUGAAACCUCUGAAUGGUCUUUUUAAGGUGAAGAAGUGGGUCGAAGAUCGCGGGCUGAAGCGUGCUGCUGUCACAAACGCUCCGAGGAUCAAUGCUGAACUCAUGAUCUCGCGUCUCGGGCUCUCCGAUUUUUUCGAUGCUGUAAUUAUCGGAAGCGAAUGUGCUCGUGCCAAGCCGCAUCCGGAUCCCUACUUGAAGGCUCUGGAUAUCCUCAAGGCAUCGAAGAAUCAUACUUUUAUAUUUGAGGAUUCGGUCUCCGGGAUAAAAGCUGGAGUCGCAGCUGGAAUGCAAGUUGUUGGUAUAGCGACCAGAAAUCCGGAACAUUUGCUGAUGCAAGCGAAGCCCGCAUUUCUUAUAAAAGAUUAUGCUGAUCCAAAAUUGUGGGAGGCGCUAGAAGAGCUUGACAGGAAGAAGGGUAAGGCCUCAAAUGAAGCUUAAAACUCCAUUUAUUGGGGUGAAAAAAAAAAAAAAAAAAAAAAAAAAAAAAAAA